GACAAAAUCAGAUCUGAAUUUUUCAUCUGCUAAAUCAAUCCAUUCAAAACAGAACAUAAAACCUCAAACACGGCGUCGUCUCUACGUACUAACUCAGAAACCAUCAGAUCCAAUAAUGUAUUCCAAAAUUUUACUCUUAGUGAUUCCUGUUUCUAUUCAUUUUUCAAUUUUCUUUAGCUAAGAAGAGGAACUUUCUGAAUGGAUUCCGAUGAGCUUCGGGCGAUUUUGUCGAGAUCGCGAGUGGGGAUUUGGGCGCUGAUUGACACGGCGAUCAAAGUGGCCAUUUCUGACUACGCCGAAGAUUUGAAGCAUCGCAGAGAUAAAAUCGUUGAGUCGCUCUAUUCUUCCCCUUCCAGUAAUCAGCUCUGCCAAAACUGCAAUAGCAGUAUCAACGACGAGGUUCAAGAUCACUAUUAUUCUCAUAAUAACAAUAGCGAUAAUAACAACGAUUAUGCUAACGGUAACAAAAAAAAUAGCAUUUUUAGUAAUGAUAUUACAAACGAGGAAUUUAGUAAGAGCCCGUUGACUCCUGAGUCAAAUAAUCGGAAUUCUACUGGAGGAGAGGAGGAAGAAGAAGAUUUGGAUCCGUACGGGGGGCUAUUUGACGAUGAGCAGACUAAAAUUCUCAGAUUCAAAGAGCAGCUUGAAGACCCUAACCAGAGUGAAGAAUAUGUUGUGGAAUUGCUGCAAAAUCUGGCAGAUAUGGAUAUUACUUUCCAAGCGCUGAAGGAAACUGAUAUAGGAAGGUAUGUCAAUGGAUUGCGGAAGUAUCCUUCAAAUGAAGUGCGCAGAUUGGUGAAGGAGCUUGUCAGGAAAUGGAAGGAAACUGUGGAUGAGUGGGUGAAGGAGAACAAUCCGGAAGCAUCUUCAAACCUGAUUGCUGAUGGGGACUCACCUCAGCAGAACAUGUCCAAAAAUCAACACAAUGGCCAUCACCAGGUGCCGGAUUUCGGUUACUCUCCAAAUCCACGGAGCGAAUGUAUGAAUCAGAUUCUGAAAUUUGCAGUUGAUGGGAAGUCUGGAUCAGAAAGGAACAGUUUGGAAUACGAACCAAAGUCUAAACCAUCUCAAUCUGUCUCUUGGAGGGAAACUCCAUCGAGACCACCGCAAUCAGUUCCUAAAUCUGCUUCUGCUACUCCUAAUGUACUGACUUCUGAAAUCAACUUUUUACACAUAUAAAUGCAAUGCCAUUGAUUUUGUGUGUGUAAAAGUUAGUUUGGUAAAGCAUAAAAGUUACUUAAAGUAGCUUUUUUUGCUUAGUCUUUCUAGGAGUGAUAUAUUUUUGGAUUUUUUUAGUUGAAGAAUAUAGUUUUUAACUUUCCAAAAAGAGUAAACUUUUUUCAAGGGCUCUGGCGAUUUUGACAUUGAAUAUUGAGGAACAUUGGUGGAAUCAGCGGCAUUGAUCUUAUUGUGUCAUUGUUUAGUCGGCACAUGUUCUUAGCUUUAUGACCAAGAAGGCAAAAUUCUUUGUGUGCACCACUUUUUUUAUUUUU